ACUCAUUUCAUUCUGUGCUGCAUCAUUGUUAGCAUUGGCAAUUUGGUAUCCCCUAAACACAACCAUUUCUCUCUGAAUUCUUGGUCAGGAAUUUAGAGAAUUUUGUUAAGAAGAAAAAAAACAUGGAGUUUUCCAUGAUUAUUAUGUUUAGUAGCACGCUGUUGUUUUUGUGCACUCCAGCAGCAUAUGCUCAAACUGCAGCUAGUCCUCCAGCACCAGCCCCGACUCCGUCCUCAGCACCAGCACCAGCACCAGCACCUCCUUACGUUAGCCUCACUGAUUUGCUCUCUGUUGCUGGCCCAUUCCACACCUUCCUUAGCUACCUUGAAUCCACUAAGGUCGUUGACACCUUCCAAAACCAAGCCAACAACACUGAUGAAGGCAUUACCAUCUUCGUACCAAAAGAUGAUGCCUUCAAAAAUCUCAAGAAGCCUUCUUUGUCAAACCUAACUCAAGACCAGCUGAAGCAACUCAUUCUUUUCCAUGCCUUGCCACACUAUUACGCCUUGGCUGAUUUUAAGAACCUUAGCCAAGUAAGCCCUGUUAGCACAUUUGCUGGUGCAGGCGGAUAUGCUUUGAAUUUCACAGAUGUAUCUGGGACUGUGCACCUUGAUUCAGGAUGGUCAAAAACCAAAGUUAGCAGUAGUGUGCAUUCAACUGAUCCCGUUGCAGUUUAUCAAGUUGACAGAGUCCUCCUUCCUGAGUCGAUAUUUGGUGCUGAUAUACCUCCAGCCCCAGCCCCAGCCCCAGCCCCUGAAACCAGCCUUGCUGCAGAUUCUCCAUCAUCUGACAGGACUGGAGAUGGGAGCGCUCCAGGAACUUCCCCUCCAAAUUCUUCUUACAGGAUCUUCGGUGUAGAUAUUUGGAGUCAAUUGGUUUUCGCACUCAUAGGUGUGCUGGUCGUGUUCUUGUAGGAGAGGAUUUCCCUGAUGUGUAUUAUUCUAUGUGAAGAGGCUAUAUCUGGAUUUUGCCA